UAAAACCUUAACCUAGUUCACUACGAGCACCAUCCCACACCCUUAUUGUAUCAGCCUCUUGGAACUAUUUUUGCUCCAAAAUGGCUUCCAAGGCUUUUGCAAAGACUGCUCUUCUUCUCUCCCUUAACCUUCUUUUCUUUUCUUUGGUUAGCUCUAAGCAUCAUCAUCACGAUGUCCCUUGUCCGCCACCGCCCCCACCAAAGACUCCAAAAUGCCCACCACCACCAUCAUCACCUACAGGAAGUUGUCCAAAAAAUGCUCUUAAGCUAGGAGUAUGUGCUGACUUGUUAAACGAUUUGGUGCACCUAGUAGUCGGAACUCCACCAAAGGAACCAUGCUGCCCUCUCAUUCAAGGUCUUGCGGACCUUGAAGCUGCCGUUUGCCUUUGCACUGCCCUUAAGGCCAAUAUUUUGGGCAUUAAUCUUAAUGUCCCUGUUUCCUUAAGUUUGCUCUUGAAUUACUGCGGAAAGGGUGUUCCUGCGGGAUUCCAGUGCGCUUAGAGUGGGCAGUGUUUCAAGUUUCUGAUUUCAAUCUCUGGUUGAUUUAGUAGUAUAUGUCUCUCAUUUGUUAUCUAGGCUUCUUUGGACUACUUUUCACUUGGGUUUUUGAGGUUGUGUUUCAAUUUUUAUGGAAGGAACAAAAUAUGUACUAUUGGAAUGUCUGUACCCCAGUUGAAUAAUGCCUUUAAUGGGGAGGCUUGAUUGUUUUCUGUCACUUAAAAAUGUAAAAGAAUAUAAGAUCGAUUGCUAUUUGAUA